AUGCGUUCAAGUUUGGUCAUUGUUGCGCCGCUUGCUCUGGCUAUCCCGGCACUUGCCUCUGUCGCUACAAACUCAACGAGGGACGGUUGGGAAUCUUACUAUCGGUAUGUCUGCAACCCCGGCAUCAGGUUCAAAGAGAAUCUCUGGGCGUGGAUAGAUCGUGAGAAUGGCCCAACUAAACGAGAAGAGAUCUUCGACUAUGGGGUCCUCAUAGCCGUCACCGCUCUAUGCGUUAUUAAUCUACAUGUUCCAGGGGCCAGGCCGUCAAAACGCUUCCGAGCAUGCGCCGCCUUCGUGGGCCCGCUCCUGGUGGCACAGUAUGUAGCCUUGUCCAUCGUGCCCGAGCUUUUUGAGCCCCCCUCGGACGAAUCGAGCGCGAGGAGACGCGAGAUGACCAGGUUUGCGAUGACGAUCUGGAUGACACACCACGAGUCGUGGGAACUUUCGGCGUGGCUUUACCACGGGUUGCGGUGGGUGCAGGAAGUUGGUCUGGUCUAUGACUUGGUUACAGCUAUGAGCAUGGCGCCUCCCAGGCCGAAUUUGUACGGUGUGGUUGCGGCGGGGACGAAUUUAGCCCACAUGCUGGGCACGGAUUUGGGGUAUUUGAGGAGAUGGUGGGAAGCCAGGGGUUGAGGACAGACAAUUUCGGUCUUAAGUAGAGUGGCUGGAUGAGAUAGCAGUUAGAUUAUACCCAUGACAGUCUCCAAUACACCAGGGCUAUG